AGCGGCGCGGUUGCCAGGCAGAAGACGCGGCAGCAUGGCCGGAGCGGUGGCGGUGGGGCCGGGCGCGGUGCUGCUGGCGGGACUGUGGGGCGCUGCGCUGCUGCUCUGCCUGCUGCUGGCACGGGCACACGGCGCCACGCGGCUGUGGGCGCUGCCGGUUCCGCUGUGUGCCGCUCUGCUGAGCGCCGCGCUGCUGCUGUACCCGCGGGAGGACGGCACCGCCGGGCCGGGACCGGGACCGCAGAUCGUGGACACCUUCGUGGUGGGCCGCCUGGUGCUGCUGGUGUUCAUGGCUCUGCUGCUGGUGGGCUGCGUGCUGCUGCUGGGGAUGCACCUCCUGGAGCCCAUCCACGCCAGGCCGCUGCGCUGCUGGAGGUGACGCUGCAGCGGGAGCCUGUUCUGCAGGGAUGUCAGCAUUGGGAGCUGUGGGACCGAGCGGCCUCAUGGUCCCAUUCUGCUGUCAGUGGAAGUGGGAGGCACAGGAGAUGGAGCUGCUUGGUUGGCUCAGGGAUCCGAGAGGCCUCAUCCAGCCUUAAUGACUCCGUUAUCCCUCUGAGCCCAACUAUCUCAGGUGCAGCCGGAGGCCUCGGUUGGUUGGAGUUCACACCUUUUCUUGUCCAUUUUGUAUUUUCCAAGGAGGGAGGGUGGCUCCUGCACUUGGUUUUAUUUCAGCAGCACGGAGGGACAGUCCACGAGGAAUGGAUCCCAUUUCAUAGCAAUAAACCAGGUGGCCAAGCUGGGGCGUUGAUUUUUACUGAAUAAUAUUCACAAGCUGUUCUUUUUAUUCUUUUUUAACAUUAAUAAACGUUCUGGAGGAAACCUU